UGAUUAUGUUUCGGAUGCUCUGACACUGUACUGACACUGUAUGGACACACAGCAUCUGGGUCCCCAACCGAACUGACCGCCGCCGCGUAUUGGAGGGGGGUUCGGUUGAACCGGUUUACCCUUUUAAUUACCGGCGACUCUCCGUACAGUGCAGAGCCAUGUCUCCAUCAGUGCCCCUGCAGGAGAUGAUCCGGGCUAUCAGGUCAGCGAGGACGCAGUGUGAGGAGCGAGGAGUCAUCCAGAGGGAGUGUGCAGCCAUCCGGGCUCAGUUCAGACAAGCCGACAAUGGGGGGCGAUCUCACAACCUGGCCAAGCUGCUCUACGUGCACAUGUUGGGCUACCCCGCUCACUUCGGUCAGAUGGAGUGUGUUCGGAUGAUAGCCAGCCCUCGCUACAGCGAGAAGCGCGUGGGAUACCUCGGAGCCAUGAUGCUGCUGGAUGAGAAGCAGGAUGCGAGCCUGCUCAUAACCAACUCCAUUAAAAAUGACCUAUCUCACAGUAACCAGUAUGUGCAGUCUCUGGCUCUGUGCACGCUGGCCUGUAUGGGCUCAGCUGAGAUGUGCAGAGAUCUGGCACCAGAGAUCGACAGGCUGCUGCGAGCCUCUAACUCCUACAUAAAGAAGAAGGCUGCGCUUUGUGCUGUUCACAUCGUGAGAAAAGUCCAUGAGCUGGGGGAGCUUUUUGUGCCCGCCGCUCGCUCCCUCCUCUCGGAGAAGAACCACGGUGUGUUGCACGGCGCCGUGGUGCUCAUCAUUGAGCUGUGUGAGCAGAAUCCGGAGACCCUGGAGCGGUUCAGAAAGACAGUGCCAGAUCUGGUGCAGAUCAUGAAAGGUCUGGUCCUUUCAGGUUAUUCCCCAGAGCACGACGUGGCGGGAAUCAGCGACCCCUUCCUGCAGGUGCGCAUCUUGAGGCUGCUGAGAAUCCUCGGCCGCAACAACGAGGGAGCCAGUGACUCUAUGAACGACUUGCUAGCUCAGGUGGCGACCAACACCGACAGCACAAAGACGGUGGGCAACGCCGUGCUGUAUGAGACGGUUCUCACGGUGCUGGACAUCAAGUCGGAGAGCGGCCUCAGGGUUCUGGCCGUGAACAUCCUGGGAAGAUUCCUCCUGAACAAUGACAGGAACAUUCGGUACAUCGCCAUGACGUCUCUUCAAAAGAUUGUUGGCACGGACCACAAUGCAGUGCAGCGCCACCGGGGAACCAUAGUGGACUGCCUGAAGGACCAGGACGCGUCCGUCAAGCGCCGCGCGUUGGAGCUGUCCCUGGCGCUGGUGUCUGCCUCCAACAUCCGCUCCAUGAUGAAGGAGCUGCUCCUCUUCCUCUCCUCCUGCCCCCCUGAGCUCAGGGCGCACGCCGCCAGCGGCAUCUUCAACGCCGCCGAGAGGUAUGCUCCCUCCCAGCGCUGGCACAUUGACACCAUGCUGCAUGUCCUCAUCACGGCAGGGGGCGACGUGAGGGACGAGACUGUGCCCAACUUGAUCCAGCUCAUCACCAACGCCUCCGAGCUGCACUGUUACACCGUCCACAAGCUGUACCGCGCUCUGCUCUUGGACAUCUCUCAGCAAUCGCUGGUGCAGGUGGCGUGCUGGUGCAUUGGAGAGUACGGAGACCUGCUGCUAAAAGGAGAUUGUCAGGAGACUGAGCCUGUUCAGGUCACCGAGGAUGACGCCCUGGACGCCUUGGAAACGGUUCUACAGUCGCACAUGUCGUCGCCGGCAACCAGAGGCUUCGCUCUCACCGCCACCAUGAAACUGAGCACGCGCAUCACUGAUAACGUGGAUCGCAUCAGAAGCAUCGUCAGCAUCUAUGGCAGCUGUAUAGAUGUGGAGCUCCAGCAGAGGGCAGUUGAAUACAAUGCGCUGUUCAGAAAAUAUGACCACAUGAGGGCAGCAGUGCUGGAGAGGAUGCCUGUGAUCGAGAAGAACUCCCCGGGUCACACCAACGGGGAGUCGACCGGGGAGGCCGUCAAGGACGUCCCGACAGCCAAAAUGAAGCAGGGAGAGCCACUGCUGCUCCAGCAGCCCGCUAACCAGGUGUGUGACCUCUUGGACCUCCUGGGAGGUUCUGAGGAGACUCUGCAGCCCGGCCCAGCAGUCGAUUGUUUAGUGUCCGGCCUGUCCGUUCACGCAGCCGGCACUGCCGGAGGAGACCUCCUGGAUCUGCUGGGAGGGUUUGAGCCUGCAGAGCUCUCACCAGCUCCCCAAGUGCUGGCGUACGACAAAGGGGGCGUGACUCUCACACUUAGCUGUGAGAAGCAGUCCGACACGGGCCUGACCGUCACACUAACGGCCUCCAACUCCAGCGACUCAGACCUCAGCAGCUUCACCCUGCAGGCGGCGGUGCCCAAGAGUGUCCAGUUACACAUGAAGGCUCCCAGUGGGGACUCUCUUCCUGCCAGAGGCACAGCUAAGGUGACCCAGAUGGUGGUCCUCAACAACCCAAACAAGGUGAACCUGAAGAUGAGGGUCCGUGUGUCUUACACGCGCCAAGGAUCGCCCUUCCAGGACACAGUCCAGAUCGACUCCUUUCCGGGACUCGAUGCUGCCGGCCAAUGACGGCAGACAUUCACUCCGACGGGACUAUGGCGACAGUCUGUGGAUGAGUAGCCACGCGUCACCCCUCCCUCUCUGAUGGAAAGCUCUUUGCUUUCACACCCUUGACACUGCUGCCUCUGAAAGACCUGAUUUUGUUUCUACGGCUGAAUAAGACUUUUCCCCUGCUCUCCAGUCCCAAUUGUAAAUGUGACUGAUAGUGUAAUUCAAUACUGCACGAGUUUGGAAUAUUCCCCUUAUAAUAUACUAAAAAAAGUCAAUUAGUUUUUUGCCCGAAGGUAAUUUUUUCCUUUACAAACCUACUCCAGUUGCAGUUGUUUCACCUCAUGAGUUUGUAGUGUUACAUGACUGCUCUGUCAGUGCGCAUCACUAGAUGCUCGGUCCUCCUGUAGCACUCCUGUUUAUUCCCUUUUUAAAGGAGAGUCCUUUACUGAACAUUUGCCUUUACCAACCUUACCUUGUUGACAAGCAGCUAAUCACUUACUAAUGAGCCAUUACAAUUAGAAAAUGCUCCGACCCGGAACAAUUGACUUCACCAGGAAACGCCGUGACAGGAAUUUGAGAUUGACUAAAGCAGGAUCUUAAACACAACCUCAUGUGUUGCAUCUUUUUCGUCCUGCCUCAUUCAGCCGAACUCUCCGGAUUAGUUUUCCUGUGCCUUUCAUCCCCUCAAGCCCUGAGGUUCCCACGCCCCCAUGUACAAAACAAAAGCAACUCCAUUUAAUUUUAGAAAUGUUUUUGAACACUAGCAAUGUAGGAAUAGAAACAUGUCUCCAUUAUUACCAUUUAAGCAUGCCUUUGCCUCCCACUAUCCCCAUCUACUGUUUACAAAGGGUCUGGAGUGAUUUUAUCUUCUGAAGAUUGUGUUUAGUGAUACAAGAUGUAUAUUUCAGAUUAGUACGCAAGCACAAUUAGAUAAGAUUCUUUCCAAGGACGUAAUACACACCGUUGUCAGAUGGGACACUGCGUCGCCUCAGUAACCCGACGGCUCGGCCCGUGACGUUACGAGCGCCUGCUAAAAACCCUCCUAGAUGUCGGCCAUGGUGCUCUAAACGGAUGCUUGUCUCUACCACUACCUUAACUAACAAGGUGUAUUCAAUCAGUUAUGUCAAUUGUCUUAAUCUUCUGUUUCGCCUCCUUUUCUAAAUAAAUCAAAAUUCACUUUUUAGAAUCCUCA